AUGGAUUCAAUUCUAGUACAACCGCAGUCCUUGAUUCUUUCGCUGCCUCCUGAGCUCAUACUCGGCAUCUUCGCUCGAAUCGAAUACACGCCAGCUUAUCAUAAUCAACUACGUCUCGUAUGCCGCGACUUCAAUGGCCUCUUACAACAAUACGAACACAGCCUGGCAGCCGAGACCGUUUACCUACACUUCCCGCUGGGCAUCUUGGCCAAGUAUCCUGGCCUAUGUAAGACGGGGACGAGUAUCGGUCUCAAAACUCUGGACGAGCUGUACAUGCGAUUGUGCACGUUGUUCCGUUUAGAGAGAAAUUGUCACAAUAUCCGAAGACGUGAGGCUAAAGAGGCAGCUUGGAUGAGGCCUGAAUGGAUAAACCUGCAACAAGCAGGGAUGCAUCUCCUCUAUCGGCUUCAUGACGCUGGCAAUCACGAAAACAAGUCACAGGUCAUCAGAUCACUGCCUCCCACAUCCCUCGCCAUUCUUCUGCUUACCCUUUACCUCUGCAUACAACAACUGCGUGCAGAUGGCCCGAGCCUUCUCAUACCGACCUCACCACUUCUCCAUGGCAUGCUACGCUUCGAAGUCGAACUCUGCUGUCAAGAGCUCAUCCUUCAAAACGGCCCCAGCUUCUUAGACGCUUUACUCUGCCAUUGUCCGAAUGCUAUCGCACUUCUAGAAAUCGAAGUUCGAAACAUUGAAGCCAGACAAUUGCCUCUAGAGGAUGGAAAAGCUAGGGAGAAGACAUUGAUAGCAGAGUGCAGAUGCCGAUUGGCAGAUACUCUAGGGACGAAUGUCGAGGAUAACAGAAAAGACAUGUGGAAUGUGUUGGAAAGAAUAGGCAUUUUGGACGAAACAGACAUCGUAAAAGUCAUCAGAGGAGAAGAACUUGCCAUUAGAAAGCGACAAGAUUCUGGUGUUGGAUUGUAG